UUAAAAAUUCUGCAUUCCCCCCCUGUUUUGGAGGCACCAAAGCAGGAGAGCCACUCCCGAACCAGCUAUAGCAGCAACCAUGCCUCUCUCCGCCACCGCAUCCUCGCUCUCCGCUUCCACACCCUCGCCAUUGCCUCCGACGCCGCCGUCGAGAUCGGGAUACGCCGCGGCUUGUUACUCGCUUCCCAAGUUUCCAUCCCACGUCCGCCUCGUGGUCUCGAAUCCCUUGCACAAAUCCAACCCCCUGACUCGUUAUUGCCUCCCGAUGUCGCAGCUCGGUGCCCCGGGGCGCGGCGUCGUGCGGAGUUCGUUGAUCGAUCCCGACGGCGGAAAGCUCGUGGAGCUGAUCGUGCCGGAGGCGGAGCGGGAUGCGAGGCGGGCGGAGGCGGCGCGGCUGCCUCCGGUUAAGAUCGGCGCGGUCGACCUCGAGUGGGUCCACGUGGUGUCGGAGGGAUGGGCGAGUCCGCUGAGGGGGUUCAUGCGGGAGCACGAGUACUUGCAGAGCCUCCACUUCAACUCGUUCCGCCUCGACGACGGAUCCCUCGUCAAUAUGUCGUUGCCGAUCGUUCUCGCCAUUACGGACGAGGAUAAGCAGGCGAUCGGGAAUGCGCCUGAUGUCACGCUGGUUGCGCCUGGCGGCGGUUUCGUUGCCAUUCUUAGAAGAAUUGAAAUUUACAAACAUAACAAAGAAGAAAGAAUUGCCAGAACAUGGGGAACAACAGUUUCUGGGUUACCCUAUGUCGAGGAGGUAAUUAGUCCUGCUGGAAACUGGCUGAUUGGCGGGGAUCUUGAAGUGUUAGAACCCAUCAAAUACCAUGAUGGCCUUGAUCAUUAUAGGCUUUCUCCCAGUGAACUGCGCAAAGAAUUUGACAAACGCGGGGCUGAUGCUGUUUUUGCUUUUCAGUUGAGAAACCCUGUACAUAAUGGCCAUGCUCUGUUGAUGAAUGAUACACGUAAACUUUUGUUAGAUAUGGGCUACAAAAAUCCCAUUUUACUAUUACAUCCUUUGGGUGGUUUUAUCAAGGCAGAUGAUGUACCAUUGGCUGUGCGGAUGGAACAACACAGCAAGGUUCUGGAAGAUGGAGUUCUUGACCCAAAGACAACUAUUGUGGCAAUAUUUCCUUCUCCUAUGCAUUAUGCAGGGCCAACAGAAGUACAAUGGCAUGCUAAGGCAAGGCUUAAUGCUGGUGCUAAUUUCUACAUUGUAGGUCGUGACCCAGCUGGAAUGGGUCAUCCAACUGAGAAAAGAGAUUUAUAUGACCCGGAUCAUGGCAAAAAAGUUUUAAGCAUGGCUCCAGGUCUCGAGAAGCUUAAUAUUUUGCCUUUCAAGGUAGCAGCUUAUGACACCGUGGCCAAAAAGAUGUCAUUUUUUGAUCCUUCUCGGGUUCAAGAUUUUCUCUUCAUCUCAGGAACAAAGAUGCGCACGUAUGCAAGAAACGGAGAGAACCCACCUGAUGGUUUCAUGUGCCCCAGUGGAUGGAAGGUCUUGGUAAACUACUACCAGAGUCUCCAAAAUGAAGAGCUAGGAAACGAAGCGGCAGCUGUUGGAGUCAAAUCGUAGGAAAUUCUAACGCCGGCUUAUGGAAGCUAACAAGAGUUGAUUGCUUCGCAUACUGUUCCACCUUUUCUCUAUUUUGUUUUACUAGGUCGUCGAAAUAGGUUUCAGAUUUUUCUUUCGAUCGAUUGCCAUUAUUUGGUAAAUAGGGCUUCCGCAAUUAAUUGUGAAAAAAAGGAGGUUAGACUACUUUAGCCUCUUUAUGUAUCUUAGCGGAAGAAUUUUGUGGUUGAGGUCUCUUGAUUAAGAUGAAGUUGAAAUUUCACAAAAUGAGAGAAAUCUGAUUCUGUUCUGAGUUUAAAUGGAUCAAAUAUCAAAAAUUAAUCUGUGGACAGAUUGUGAAUUUA